UAAUAAAAUAUAAAAUAAAUUCUUAAAAAUGUAUUUAAAAGACUGUAAAUAAAGAAUACAUUUAAAUUUUUUAAAAAUCGCGAUUAUUAGUUAAAAUGUUCGAGAGUGAUACAGUGUAAAAAAAAAAACCCCCCGGCCUCAAUAUGAAGUCAAUGAGUGACGAAAAAUGGCAAGAUCUUCAAAAAUUUGCAUGUGGAAAUCAUCAUAAAUUAGAAGCAAUAAUAAAAAGAGGCUCUUGUCCAUCAAUAAGAGUAAAUUUUUCACAUUUAGAUUUUAGUGACGACGAGGAAACAUUAAUCACAGUUGAUUCAAAGGGUAUUGUUUAUUAUAUCGAAUUAGCCUAUGAAAUUCCGUCUUAUCGAAAAUUAGGAUUUGUAGGCACAUCUACUUUCAUUGCAUUUAAUCCUAUCAAUAAAAAUGAAUUUAUCAUUGGUCUCAAUUCAUUGGAUAUAAAAGUUUUGAGGUUAGAUUCGUUAAAAAAUUUUUCUUUACUCAUUGGUCAUUCAACAUUAGCAAUAAAUAUUUCAUUUUAUAAACAUUAUUGUCUCACAUCAUCAGCAAAAGAGGCAAUAAUAUGGGAUCUUCGAUGUUAUUGUAAAAUACAUCAAUUGCAAUUAAAUAUUAAUCGUUUAUGUUUAAAAAAAGCUUCAUUUUCAACACAAGGAUUAAUUUCAAUACUUUAUUCAAAUGAUGUUAUUCAAGCAUGGACAUUUCAACAUUUUGACAAUGAAUUUAAAGUGAAUACAAAAAAUUUUGGUUUACGACACGUUAAAGAUUUUGUAUUUACAAAAGAUGGACGUGCAAUAAUAAUUGUUGGUGUGGAUAAUAAAAUUCUUAUAUUCAACACUUAUGAUUGGAGUAUUUUAAAAAAUGUUCAUCUCAAAAAUGAAAUUUUAGGCUCUAAACAAAUUGCAAUUGUACCACAACCACUUGAUGGUGGUGCAAAUAAAAUAAUAACAAUAUUAACAUCUAAUUGUAAUGUAAAAUUUUUUGAUUUAAAAAAUUUGUCAUUUAUUAAAAAUUGUUGUGAUAUUUUUCAUGGUAUUAAACGUUUUCGUGUGUCGAAUAAUGGUAAAUUUCUUGCACAUAUUGAUAAUGAUGGAUUAUUAAUUUUAACAAAUUUAGAAAGAAUUAUUGUUAAUGUCAAAAUAAAAAGGGAACAAAAUGUAAUAUUGAAAGAAUUUGACAAUAAAUUAAAAGCACAUCUUGCCACUGAUCAUUUAAAAUGUAUUAAAGAAUGUAUGAGGGAGGAAUUAAAAUUGGAGAGAUUAUUACCAAUUCUUAAAGAAUUUGGUGAAUAUCCUGAGAAACAUCGUAUGUUGGUUUGGUCGACAAUAUUAAAAUUGCCAGGAAAUCGACAAGCUUACGCUUCAUUGGGUGGCAAUAUUCCAGUGAAUAUUAUCGAAGAAUUAAUUCAAGACUAUCCAUUGGCUGAUAAAAGUAAAGCUUCCUGUUUAUCGAUAACUAUUGAAAAAAUACUUGAAUGGUGUCCAAUUUUAUCGAAUUGUACAAUACUUCCGGGAUUUAUUUUUCCGUUUACUGUUGUAUUUCAGAAAGAUCCUGUUCUUGCAUUCGAAGCAAUUCUUGUGAUUUUAUUGAGCUUUUGUCAAAAAUGGUUUGAAUAUCAUCCUCUGCCACCGUUGAAUAUUUUAGGUAUCAUUGAAAAUAUUCUCUUGGAAGCGGAUCCUAAUUUAUUGAAUAUUUUUUGCAAAAGAAAAAUCACAUCCACUGAAUAUGCAUGGCCUUUACUUCGAACGACAAUGAGCGAAGUUCUUGCAGCGAAUGAUUGGCUAAUUUUAUGGGAUCAUUUAUUGUCAUUUUGUCAACCGAGUCUUUUAUUAAUGUGCACAAUUGCCUAUAGUAUUUGUGCACGAGAUACAAUAAUAUCGAGUGUCAAAUCACCGGAAGAAAUUGAACGAUUUUACAGUACACCGGGACACGUUCGUGUCAAGGAUUUACUAAAAGUUGCACAUCGUUUAAAUCGACAAAUUUCCCAUCGUACACAUCCAAAUCGUUAUCUCAGGAAUAAAAUAAUUAAAUUGCCGGCUUAUGGUUCAUAUCCUCAAUAUCCACAAGAUGAAUAUCCGAAAAUUCUUGUGAAUACAGAAAGUGUGCGGCAACAGGAAGAUGAACGAAUUUUUGAUCAAUGUCGAAUUGAAGCGAUGCAAUCAGUUGAAGAAAAAAGAUUGCGCUCUGAAGUGAAGAAAUUUACGGAAAAAAUUCAUCAAACGAGACUUAAAGAAGCGGAAAAAUGUUUAAAAAAACAAGUACAAAAUCAAUCAUGGAAAUUGGACAACUCUCGAGAAAAUUAUCAAAGAGAAUUGAAAUUAAAUAGAAUUUCUGAACCGAAAAUUUUGGAAAAAAUAGUCAAAUGCAGAACAGAGACGAAUAUUAAUAAUAAUCGAGAAAAAUGCAAUAAAUUACGUUGUCAAGUUCAACAUUUAGAAUCUGAGAUUCACAAUUUAUUGGGAGCUUACAGAUCAAGUAAUACUAAAAAUUUACGUAAAAAUCUACGAGGGUAAAUUUUUAAAUACUGCAAUAUAUUAGUAUUAUAAAUAAUAUUGAUAAUAUUAACAUUAAAUAGAAUAAUAUUCUUAAUAUUUAUUAUUAUAAUUAUAAAUAAUAGUAAAUUAUUAAUUUUUAUUAUAGUUUAAUAUUAUUAAUAUAUAAUAUAUAGUAAAUUAUAAUUUAUUAACAGAAAAAUAUUUGAAAAACAAUAGAUUAGAUUUCCAUAAUUAUUUUUUUCACUGAAAAAUUAUAUUCCAUUCGGAAAUAAAAUAGGUAAUUUAUGGGUAUUUUUUUUUUUUUAAUGUAAAAUUACACCAAACUAAAAUGAAAUUACAGAAAAAAAAAUUAGAGCAAAAAAUAAUGAUAAAAAAGGAUAACUAAAAAAAAUAUAUUAAAAUUUACUAUUAAGGAAUGUAUUUUAAAAAUCAAAUGUGAAUUAUUUCAGAUAAAAGUGUAAAAAACUUUAUUCUCAUAAAAAUUGUACAUAUAUGUACAGAUUGGAAAAUAUAUACAUUUUUAAAAAUUU